AUGGCCAAAAGGAAGAACGACAAUGUGGAAGUUGCGCGGGUACCGAAAUCGUUGAAGAGUAGGAAAGAAGAGAGUGCACCGGUCACCAAGCAGCCUACGAAGAAAGAAGCAGUACAGGGCAAGGCAGGUGCAGGCAGUGGGAAAAUCGUUCCGAGCAAGAGCAAGGCAGUAGUGGAAUCAGCUCCCACAGCUACAGACAAAGCCUCGGAAACUUCGAGCUUCCAAAUAAUCACUGGAUCAUACGAGAGAGUUCUGCACGGGUUUGCUGCUGCGAUUCCGUCAGAACUCGUCACAGGACAGCACGAUGCAUCAAAACCAGAGGCCGAAAAGACCAAAGUGGACUUCACAGAUACCUUUCUGUUCAACGCUCAUGCCUCAGCCAUCCGGUGUCUAGCCCUCGCACCGCUUUCCGACGAGACAAAUAAAGUCACGUUAGCGACCGGUGCAACGGAUGAGCGCAUCAACCUGUAUUCGCUCUCAACGGCACCACCAGUACCUUCAAAGAACCCCAAACUUCCCAGCUUAACAGGAAUCGCCAUUACCGAGAACUCCAAGAACAAGGAACUGGGCUCUCUCCUCCAUCACUCCUCCAACAUCACAGCACUCUACUUCCCCACACGCGCCAAGCUGCUCAGCGCCGCGGAAGACAGCACGAUAGCAAUCACCCGCACCCGCGACUGGACCGCACUCUCCACCAUCAAAGCACCCAUCCCUAAACCCCAAGGCCGACCAAGCGGCGACACCGCAGGACCCGGCGAAGUCCCCUCCGGCAUCAACGAUUUCUCUGUGCACCCAAGCAUGAAGCUCAUGGUGAGCGUGGGCAAAGGCGAGAAGUGCAUGAGAUUGUGGAAUCUGGUGACUGGCAAGAAGGCCGGUGUGCUCAACUUCUCCCGCGAGAUGUUAGCUUCGGUUGGCGAAGGGCGGUUUCAGUCCGGCGAGGGCCGUCGCGUGAUUUGGGACAAGGAGGGGGAGGAGUUUGCCGUUGCGUUUGAGCGCGGGGUGGUCGUGUUUGGGAUUGACUCAAAGCCAAAGUCCAAGAUCGCGCCCACGCCCAGAACCAAGAUCCACCAGAUGCACUACCUCCCAUCGGCCGAUGGGCCGAACACGCUGCUCGUCUCAACCGAAGACGGUCGUAUCUUGCUCUACGAUACGAGCUCCACGACGCAAGACGAGGACGCGGAAAGCAAGAAAGACGACUUGCCCUCCAGCAAACUCAUUGCGCAGAUCGGUGGCCCCGCAGCAGGCAUCACAGGCCGCAUCAAGGACUUCGAAGUACUUUCCUACUCCGCGACAAACAAGUCUCAGUAUCUUGUCGUAACCGGAAGCAGCGACGGCACAGUGCGCCUCUGGCUCAUCAAUGCCUCGGAGCUGCAGAGCGACGCGGAAACAGAGAAGGGCAGCGGGUUCACCGCUAACCAGAUUGGAAGACUGCUCGCUACGUACUCGACAGGCACGCGGAUAACGUGUCUCAAGGCAUAUCCGAUGACGGGGAAACCAGAAGAUGGAGAAGAGGAGAUUAUCGAUGAGAAGAUUGAGGUCGAGAGUGAGAGCGAAGAUAGCGAGUAG